CCCACCCUCCCACCCAUCCACCACCACCACCACCAUCACCACCCCUUCUUGUUCCGCUUACCACACUGAGUCGUCUUAAACAGUGUGCGCUUCACCCCAUAAAUGCAUUGGAAUGCCUAACUGAUAGAACGUUUGGUCACAGAAGAGGUGUCCGUGAUCUUUUUGAUGCCCCAAGAUGCAGACCGGUACAGAAUCUACCAAGAUGGACUGUCUGUGGAGUUGCUGGAAGAACCAGGCUAUUGACCUGCUGUACUGGCGUGACAUUAAACAGACGGGGAUUGUCUUUGGAAGUGUGCUUCUCCUGUUGUUUUCGCUGACCCAGUUCAGCGUUGUGAGUGUCAUCGCCUACCUGGCACUUGCUGCACUCUCAGCUACCAUCAGCUUCAGAAUUUACAAAUCAGUGUUGCAGGCAGUGCAGAAGACUGAUGAAGGACAUCCUUUUAAGGCGUACUUGGACAUGGACACUAACCUCUCCGAGGAGCAGAUUCAGAAAUACGCCGAUUCCGCUCUGGUGUAUGUGAACAGUACUGUCAAAGAGCUUCGCCGACUGUUCCUUGUACAUGACCUUGUGGAUUCCCUCAAAUUUGCAGUGCUGAUGUGGUUGCUGACCUAUGUUGGAGCUUUGUUCAACGGCCUCACCCUGCUGAUUAUGGCUGUGGUCUCUAUGUUUACCUUGCCUGUGGUAUAUGAGAAGUACCAGGCACAAAUUGACCAGUAUUUGGGGUUGGUGAGGACCCAUGUUAAUUCCGUGGUGGGAAAGAUUCAGGCCAAAAUCCCAGGUGCCAAGCGAAAGACUGAGUAAGAGCAACGCAAAGAGAGUGACUGUUGGCACACGAGAGGGACUCUGAACUAGAGGCAGUUCUGUAUUCUUAAAGUUAAUCAGACACGUCUUGGAGCGUCGUUGUACCAUUUGUCAGCACCAUGGUUUUAGAAACAUGCAGCUUUGAGAUCUUCCUCUUAUGCUGUUUCCAAAUGAUUAGAAUUCUUGCAAUCACUUGUGUCAAUCACUAAAGUUUAGUAAGGAAAAUUCAAGUCACAGUAACUGUAUUAGAUGUGUCUUUUGUGUUGCUUAUGAAACAAAUGCAUGACAUUGAGAGUCUUAAUUCUAUUUAUCUUUCUAGUAUUUUCUUGCUGUUAUGGCAGCGCUUACAACUUUUAACGUGAUUUGUGGCUAGGGCAUUUCUGCUUUAGCGCACCUCUGCAAAUAGUCUUAAUUGCUCCAAAGUCAUUGGGUCAGUUUGGUUUUAUUAAGUGAAAUAUAUAUUAAAAAAAAUAGAACAGUGGAUUGAUGUUUUGGUGUUUAUCCAGCACAAACGUUCUAUGGAUAAUGUAUUGUAAUUGUGGCAUUUGGUUUUGUAAAUCGAAGAAAUACAAAGCUCAUGUUUUUGGAACUGCCAUCAUACUAUUAAAGAAGUAUGGAAAUA